AGGUGAAUGACUUAUCUUCUCGGGAAGGUCACAGCUCAUUGUGUUGGGGGAAGUAUGCUAUUUCAGAAACAAUUUAAGGCCACAACACCUAAGUAGGCCGUAACAGACGCAUGUGGUAUUGGACCAGUAGGUUGUAGACCCUGCUCUGGAGGCUUAACGGUAAUGCGAAAGCAUUAUUCAAGCGAUACGGAAUGUUUAGAAGUAAGAUUAGUUGAAACGAUAUAUCGUUUGUCAUAUACAGGUACAAUAAGGAUUACAGUAUCUGCAGACACUUCAUUAUUGUGCCGUUCCACGAUGCUGAGGCUCUCUCUCGGAGUACUGGUGCUGGUGGGUUUGGUGGCCUGCAAGACCCCUCCGGAUGCCGGAAAUUUGGUUCUGGUACGUAAUGAAAAUACCAGGUCUCUAUUCGAUAGAUAUUCUUGUGGAUCUGGUGAAACCAGCCCUCCUGGCCGAGUGGACACCACGCAACGUCUCCAGCGUCUUCGCCAGCAGAUGAUUCAGGCAAACUUGUCAGCAUAUAUCAUUACUUCUGGCGAUGAUCACCAGAGUGAAUAUGUCGCAAGUCAUGACCUGCGUCGCGGUUACCUAUCUGGUUUUACAGGAAGCGCCGGUGAUGCAGUAGUCACCCUGCACAGUGCUGCACUCUGGACAGACAGCCGCUAUUAUUUGCAGGCUGAAAAUCAACUCGACUGUAAUUGGGUGCUUAUGAAGUCUGGGUACAAAGAGGUUCCCAGUAUACAAGAAUGGCUGCUGUCUGAGUUGCUUCCUGGAGACCUGAUUUCUGCAGAUUCUAGGAUUAUUUCAUAUACAGAAUGGACUAACUGGGACAGUUAUUUCACCAAAGCAGGAUUGAGACUGGAGCUCCUCUUAGUUAAUCUGGUGGAUAAGAUAUGGGGUGUUGAAGAAGGACGACCUCCUUAUCCUUCUGACCCUCUCUUCGUAUUAAACACAUCAUAUACAGGAUUAUCGUGGCAGGAGAAGAUUGCUGCAGUUCGUCAGUCUAUGGACAAUAACAAUUGUAAUGCCCUUGUGUUGACGGCACUGGACGAAAUUGCGUGGUUGAUGAAUCUGAGAGGUGCUGAUGUCCCAUUUACACCCGUAUUCCAGUCCUACUUGAUAGUGGGAUUAACAUGGGCAACAUUGUAUCUACCUCCCGGAAAAUCUACACCAGACGUUGAAGCACAUCUAAAUGCCAAUGGCAGAAAUGAGGCAGAUAGUGUUAGGAUUAAAAAUUACACAGAUAUAUGGGAUGACCUGCCAAAUUUGAAGGAAGAUGGUGAUAGAGUCUGGUUGCCAUCUGCUUUUAGUUAUGCAAGAGGUGCAAGCUACUUGAUAUACAAAAAGGUGCCAGAAGGAAAGGCAGUGUUUGCUGUGUCACCCGUUUUAUUAAUGAAAGACAGCAAAAGUGACAUAGAAGGUCAUGGAAUGCAGAAUGCACACGUUCGAGAUGCAGUGGCAUUGUGCCAGUUUUUAAGUAUGCUUGAAGAUGGGGUAGCAGCAGGAGAAAUAUGGGAUGAGCUGUCAGCUGUUAGUACCCUCGAACGAUUACGGACUGCACAAUCAUUGAGUCUUGGACCCAGUUUUGGAACCAUUGCUGCAUUUGGCCCCAAUGCUGCACUACCACACUAUGAACCUACAUUUGAAACAAACAGAAUUAUUGAUAAUACUAGUGUUUUCAUGCUAGAUUCUGGAGGGCAGUAUUUAGAUGGUACUACUGAUGUUACACGCACAAUACAUCUUGGCACACCCACAGAUACAGAACGUGAAAUCUAUACCAGCUUACUAAUGGGGUGCAUUGAUAUUGCUUCUACUGUAUUCCCUGAGGGCCAGACACUCUCAUCAUUGGAGAUCUUGAUUAGGGCACCACUGUACAGACUUGGACUGAACUAUGGGCAUGGCAGCACUCAUGGAAUUGGUUUUUGCCUUGGCGUUCAUGAAGCCUUCAACACCACCUAUCAUGAGAAUUUCUUUGGUUCACAAGAACCAGGAUAUUACCAAGAUAAUGAGUUUGGAAUCAGGCUGGAGAAUAUAGUGACUGUUGUGAAAGCAAAUGUUACACUGGGUAGUGAUUCAAAUUAUCUUACUUUCAAACCAGUGACUCUGGUCCCCUACGAUAAUAACCUUAUUAAUCCACACAUUAUGAAUAAAAAAGAGCUCCUGUGGUUAAAUGACUACCAUACUAAGGUCCGUGAAAUUAUUGGGGAAGAACUGUUACGGCAGGGUCUCCAUGAUGUUCAUGGGUGGCUUCUCAGAAAAACUGAGCCAAUAAUAAUAUAAUAUGUAUAAUAAUAAAAAAUGUAUGUACAUUCCACCAUAUUUAAAAAUAAGUGGUCAUGUUUUUUUGUUCCCUUUAAUAGCAAACUAUACUGUAUAUAGUUAAUGAAGCCUGAAACCUGGAACAACUUACACCUUAAGGCUUAAUGCUGGUCUUUCAAUAAAGUGUGUCAGAACAUGG